CAUAGCUGCUGCCAGGCCCCUAAUCUGGCCAUGGGCCCCUGUACCGCCUCCUCAUGCUGCUGCCAGGUCCACAGUGUCUCAUGCCAUGUGCCACUUUCAAGUCUUUUCACACACUGCUGGGUUCCAUUUUGUCAUAGGGUGCUGGCAGAUUACGGGCCUCCCAUUGCUGCUGCCAGGCCUUAAUCUGCCAUGGGCCCCUGUAACGCCUCCUCAUGCUGCUGCCAGGUCCACAGUGUCUCAUGGGUCCCUGAACCGCCUCCCAUUGCUGCUGUCUCCAUCACCACACUCUGCCAUGUGCCAUUUUCAGGUCUCCUCACACUGCUGGUGUGUUCCAUUUUUUGUC